AUUCAAUAAAAAACAUAAAAGAUUUAUAUGAAAAAAUUAUUGAAGAAUUUAAUCAAUAAUUAACUAAAUAAUCUUAAUAAGGAUAAUGGGAUGAUUUACCUGAAGAAGUUAUUGAUAAUUUAAUUAACUUAUGGAAAAAAAACUUAGAUGAGAAAAAUGUUUUUGAAGAAACUGCUGAUUUAUAAUAUAAUGUUGAUAAAACAGACUAAAGUACCCAAAUUAGAACCAUCUCAAGUAACCAACAAAAAAACUAACAAAAAAUAAACUUGAAGGACAAUACUGUGAAUUAAAUAAUGUCAACAAUCUAAAAUAAUAACUAACUUAAUAGUGAACCUCAUAAAAAAGUAAAGCUAAAUACCUAAGAAUUAUCCUAAUUAUAACAAUAAACAUAAUCAGUUGCUAUUUUAGGUUAAGAAGAUAUAAAAUAGGAACACACAGGGCAACAAAGUAGUCCUUUUUUCGGAAUAUAGAAAGACUAAGAAUAGUCCUCAACUUUUACUCUUAAUUAAAAUGAAUAAUUAUAAAGCCAUUAAAAAAUAGGAUUUUAAAAGUAUAAUUUGAACUAAGAAUUGACUACAUCUCCGACCCAAGCUUUAAAUUUGAUCAAAUAGUAAAGCAAAAAUAAAAUUGCAAAACAGAAUUUUCUUCAAAAUGUAAAACUGGAAGACAAUAUCGAAAAUGAGAUAGGCGAAAACUAAGAAGAAAAAGAAGAACGCUGGAUUGUAAAAUGAAGUAAUAAUUCUUAUUUAAAAAAAAAUAUGUAUUUUUUAGCACGAUGAAGAUUAAGACGACAUUUCAAACGUUUCAGAAAAAUCAGAAGAAGGAGACAGAGACAUCCAGAAUCAAAAUAAUUAAAACUAAAAUGCAAAUAAUUGCUUUU